AUGAGCGACACUGAGGAUCAAGCUAAAACGCCCACCCAACAAUCUUUCUUCAGCGAUGCUACCCUCAAUCAAUCACAUGCUGGACGGUCUAACCUUUCGCUCGACUUGUACACUAUUAACGAGAUUGGUGAUUCAUUGAAUCCAAGGUACACCUUCAUCAUAGACCCUGUCAAAGAUCCCCAUCUGGAGAUGACAGUGAACAUCAACGGAUCAUCAUUCGACGCCAGCUCAGAAAGGUGGAAAGAGAUGGAUCACGAAUUUUAUUCCAGAGUGAACGAGGAUUUCUAUGAGGAUAUACUGAAUAAACAGCGGAAGAUGAACCAGAAAACACUCGAUAAUCUACGAUUUCCCCCAACAACAACCAAUCCCCGGACAAGCAGAGAACUCGUAACGAACAUACAGGAAAACGUCAAAACGGCGAAAUUGCUCUCUGAUCAUCCUGAUGAACUAUGGCAAACUACCCUGAGGGAUAUCCUAUCGAACGAAGACAGGAAGAUGAGGUGGGCAGACUGGAUGGUAAAGCAUGUCAAUCGAUCGGCGGAAUUGGCAAAAGAACAGAUGAAUGAUGAGUAUGACGAUUUUGACGAGUAUUGGGAUAUACGAAUCCAAGGUCAGCUCAAACAACCCACAAAGAAUAGAUUUUGA